AUGAAAGGUUUUAUAUCUUUGGCGUUCCUAGCAUAUACUCUCUUAUUCCUCACUGUUGUUUCAGCAGAUAAUGAACCAACCUUUCUUAAUAAACGAAGCUUUUGUGUAGUAAAGAGAAAUGUUUUGGGUAAAAGAACACUUGAUAUAGAUUGUCCUUGCGCUACCGCGGAGGCAAUUUUCGAUGAAAAAAUCAAAGGUCAUAUAGUUUUCGCUCAAGACGAAUGUGGCGAUGUAAAGAUCGCAGGUCUUUUCACAAAAGGUUUAAAUAACAAGCCGUGCACUUUCAAGAUCGUUGAUGAAUGCGGUGUCGUUCAUGAUCUCACAUCAACUUUGAAAGUAAUACCAACCAAAGAUGGUGGAAGCAAACCUUUUAAGAAGAAGUACACCAACUUCAAUCUCAACUGUGACUACGAGGGAAUCUUUAUCCCACGUACUUGCGAUUAUCCUGGGGAAAGUGGCCUUUUCGUUGUCAUAAAUGACGAAUAUAAAGCUCCAAUUGUUGAAAAAUAA